ACUUGGCAACCAAAAAAUUAACCAAAUGCAGUUCAGGCUUUUAUUAUUGGACACUGUCGUAGCUGAGUGCCAUCUUACAGAAUAUACAGAAAUCAUACGAGCAAAAGAAACCUGACUGUACUGUAGCACACACCAGAAACCUUAGCCAAUAUCACUCAAUUUGUUAAGAUGACAAGGCUUGAUCAAUGCACAGCAUCACACAAACUGCUCAAGGCACUCAUCAAGCUGAUUGAUGUACUUCGUGGAACAAAACAAAAGAGACACCGUGAUGGGUAUGAAGAUCGAGCUACAAUCUUGCGGAAAGUAUCUUCAGCUGCUGAUUUCAUUUGGUCAGACUCUCCUCUUGAGAUCCUGGGUUCAGUUACUUCCAUAACAUUUGACGAUGCAGCUUCUUUGCACACUAAGGAUCACAGUUUAACAACAGAAGAGGUUAAAGCUCUUUGUGAUGACCUGCGUGUAGGGGAGGGAGAUUUGGGGAAGUAUGAUACUCCAGCUACUGAUACGAGUGAUUCAUCUUCAGAUGAUUCCAAGGAUGAGGAUAGCGAUACCAAAGCUGAGAUUCUGGCUUGUGCUAAGAAGAUGCUGAGAAAGAAGCAAAGGGAACAAAUACUGGACGAUGCCUACAACAAGUACAUGUUUGAUGAUGAGGGCUUGCCCAUAUGGUUUUUGGAGGAAGAGAGGAGACACCGUCAACCAAUUAAGCCUGUCACUAAAGAAGAUAUUGCUGCUAUGCCAGAAAAAUUCAAAGAAAUUAAUGUCCGGCCUGCUAAGAAGGUAGCAGAUGCAAAAGCGCAAAAGAAGCGGGCAACCACGAGGAAGCUUGAGAAGGUUCGGAAGAAAGCAAACAGUAUAUCAGAUCAAGCAGACAUCUCAGAUCGUUCAAAGAGGAAGCUAAUUGAGGAGCUAUAUGAGAAGGCUACGCCCAAGAGACCAAAGAAGGAAUUUGUAGUGGUAAAGAAAGGAGUUCGAGUCAAGGCUGGCAAGGGUAAGGUCCUUGUUGAUCGAAGGAUGAAAAAGGAUGCGAGGAUAAGGGGAAUGGGUAAGCCGGACAAAGGCAGUUCAAAGAAGGGAAAGAAGGUAAAGGCUCAGAAAGGUAGAGAUUCUGCUAGGUCUUCUGGGAAGAAGGGAAACAAAGGAAAGAUGGGCAUGCAUGACUAAAACAGUUACAAGUCUACAAAAUAUGACCUUUUUGGCUCGGUAGUGCUCUCUCUUCUUCUUCUACUACUUCUUCUUCUUCUUUUUUAAUGUUAAUCCUAUGGUUUAGGAUUUGAUUCAAAUCAUUAUGCUAUAGGUAAAAGAAAAAACAAGCUUCUGU